AUGGCCUCGGUGCCGGCCGCCGCAGCUGCGAUUCCUCCCGCAUCGGCCGCCGUUCCAGCCGCCGCUCCGGCCGUCCCGGCCUCUCCGUUUUUUGCUUCUCCGCCGCUGCUUUCCCUGGCUGGCGCCUCCAUGGCUGCCACUGCCCAGGGCUCCACCGUGCCACCGUCGCCGGUCGUCGACGACUCCGCCCCUCAGCCGCCGGCGGGCUCCUAUGGCGCCGCCGUCCCGUCUGCGCCGUACGGUGCCGCUCCAGCCGCCAGUCACCAGGGCGCUGUCCCGCAUCCGUAUGGAGUCCCGCCAGCAGGCUCCUACGGCGCCGCUCCGUAUACACAUCACCAGGGCGCUGCCCCGUAUCUUCAUCAGCAAUCCGGCUCGGGUGGCGUCCCGCCUCUGCACUCGGACGUGCAUCACCAGGGCAUCUCGUAUGUGCCCUACGGAGCAGCACAUCCACAUCAGGGUGCUUCGUCCCUGCAACAGCCGCCGGUGGCCGGCUCCUACGGCGUCGCGCCGGCUAGUCAGUGGUCGGCUCCCUCUCCGCUGCAGCAGUCCUAUGGUCACGCUGCCCCGUUGGCCUGCGCCUACCCGCCAACCUCGGUGCCUGCGUCUCCUUACGGUGCGCCCGCUUCAUACGGAGCGCCCUACGGCGGUGCAUCGACAGAGCUGGUGGCUUCGUCCGCCGUGCCGAGUGGUCCUUCACCCCCGGUUUUUUAUGCGCCGCCGCCGCCUUCGGAUUAUGGUGUAUCUCAUGCACCGUUCUACUUUGCGCAUCUCAUCCCGGUGAAGUUGACGACGGAUAACUAUCUGUCAUGGCGUGCUCAGGUCUUACCACUUCUCCGCAGUCGUUACUUGGAGGGGUUUGUUGAUGGCACUCUGCCGUGCCCGCCGCCAUACCAUCCAGGGCAUCAUGCGUGGGUGGCUCAGGAUCAGGCCAUCCUCUCCGCCAUCCAGUCCUCUCUUACGGAGGGGGUCUCGUCACUGGUCAUCUUCGCCUCUACAUCUCGGGACGCGUGGACGGCUCUUCACCCAAGUUUUGCUUCGCAGUCUCAGGCGCGGGCUCAUGCCAUUCGCACUGCGCUUGGGGAGGUGAAGCUUCAUGAUCUCACCGUCACUGACUACUUCAAUUAG